CCUCCCCUUUUGUAUAUACGCCUCUCUCUCUCUCUCUGUCUCUCUGCAAAGCCACCACGCCUCUCUCUUUCAAAGACACCGCAUUUUCCGGCCACACACCGCCGGAAAACCGCCAUUCUCCUCCGUAUAACCGCAUCUGAUGCUUCCGAAACCUGAUUUCCCGCCACCCGAAUCUCUAUUCCUCAAAAAGCCUAAAUACCACCUCCUCACCAUCUAUAAUUACAUAAUUGCCCACCCCCGCACAUGGCUCCUCCUCAUCGUCUUCUCCCUCCAGCUUCUCCUCCUCCUCCUCGUCCGCUCUCUUCCCGUCUCCACCGUUUCCCGCCACCACUUCCCCUCCCCGACGCCGGUCGUCACCACCGCCACCGCCACCGCCACCAGCUGCGAUUCCGGUAAGGUUUUCGUCUACGACCUUCCUCCGGUCUUCAACAAGCAGCUCUCAGAGGAGUGCGACGCCUUGAACCCCUGGAAUUCCCGAUGCGACGCGCUCUCCAACGACGGAUUCGGCACUCCCGCCCCCGGCCUAGCCGGGCUCGUGCCGGAGAAUCUUGAUCCGGCCUGGUACUCGACCGAUCAGUUCACGGCCGAGAUCAUCUACCACAACCGCAUGCUCAGCCACCGAUGCAGGACCGUCGAUCCCGAUUCGGCCACUGCCUUCUACGUCCCCUUUUACGCGGGCCUCGCGGUCGGCAAAUACCUCUGGUCGUCGAAUUACACAGCGAGAGAUCGAGAUCGUCUCUGUGGAAUGCUAUUGGAGUGGCUUGAUCAGCAGGAAUCGUGGAAGCGAUCCUACGGCUGGGAUCAUUUCAUGAUGCUGGGGCGGAUCACGUGGGAUUUCCGGCGAUCCAAGGACGACGACUGGGGCGGUAGCUUCCUCUACAUGCCGGGGAUGAAGAACGUGACGCGGCUCCUGAUCGAGCGGAACCCGUGGGACGAGCUCGACAUCGGCGUUCCCUACCCGACUGGGUUUCACCCGAGAACCGAAUCCGACAUCCGAGAAUGGCAGGACCACGUGAGGAACCGGAGCCGUACGACCCUGUUCUGCUUCGCUGGCGGCACUCGGUCCGAGUUCAAGAACGAUUUCAGGGGGAUUCUGCUAGACCAGUGCGACAGAGAGAAGGACGCAUGCCGCGCGGUGGACUGCAGCGGUACCAAAUGCUCGAACGGCAGCAGCUCGAGAAUUCUCGAGCUCUUCCUCGACUCGAAUUUCUGCCUGCAGCCGCGAGGUGAUAGCUUCACGAGACGGUCCAUCUUCGACUGUAUGAUCGCCGGUUCGAUCCCGGUUUUCUUCUGGAGGCGUACGGCCUACCUGCAGUACAAGUGGCAUUUACCGGAAGACCCAGAAUCGUACUCGGUUUUCAUUGAUAGAAGGGCUGUGAGCAACGGAACCUCGAUUCGAGCCGUUUUGGAAGGGCUGGGAGAGGAAAGAGUGAAGAGGAUGAAAGAUAAGAUAGUCGAGUAUAUACCGAAGUUUGUGUACGCCGCCCCCAAAGAGGGGUUGGCCGGUAUGAAGGAUGCGUUUGAUGUUUCCCUGGAAGGGGUACUGAGAAGAUUCCAGGAGCAGAGAAGGACAUAAAUGGAAUUAAAAAAUUGGGAAUGGGAGAUCUUGUAUGUUGUAUUUUGUUCUUAUCUUGGGUGGUGCAUAUUGAUGGAGGGACAGGAUGUUGAAGUAGAUCGGUGGACGGUUGGAUGGAUGUGGUUGGUGGAUUUAAUAUUGAUUGGUUAGCUGCAGAGACAGUUAUUAGUUGCUACUGCAGUCUCUGUAGUCUGUGCUGCGCAUAUACACGGACAGAAACAGAAUGGAGUCUGUAAUUUUUGUAAGGUAAUACUCUUUAUUUAUUUUUUGUUUAGAUUUGGAGUUGGGGCGAUUGUUCCUCUGAUCUUUUCA